CGACGUCUUUGCUCUUCGAGACACACAAGCAUCGACUGCGACAAACCAACUUAUUCGCAUCUAUCAGAAUGGCUUCCGCCAUUGUUGUUCCCCACGUCCUCCCGGUCAUUCCCGAGGGAUGGUCCGCAGAGAAGGACUUUAAGACCGUCGGCAAGGUCUCUGCUGCCACUCAGCGAAGCCUCGAGCCUGUCGGCCCUCACUUCCUUGCCCACGCUCGCCGAGCCCGCCACAAGCGCACCUUCUCCGAGGAUGAUCGUAUCCAGGCUCAAGAGGCCACCAAGAAUGUCGAGAACGAAGAUGACGGCGAGAUCAGCGAGGCUGAGGACCCCAUGAUGCUUCAGCGCGACGCCAAGGAUUGGAAGAACCAAGACCACUACCAGGUUCUGGGUCUGACCAAGUAUCGCUGGAAGGCCACUGAGGAUCAGAUCAAGCGCGCCCACCGCAAGAAGGUUCUCAAGCACCACCCGGACAAGAAGGCCGCUGCUGGUAUUGUCGACGACGACAACUUCUUCAAGUGCAUCCAGAAGGCCACCGAGGUUCUUCUGGACCCCACCAAGCGUCAGCAGUACGACUCAGUCGACGAGAAGGCCGACGUCGAUCCCCCCACCAAGAAGCAACUGGCCAAGGGUGGCAGCACAUUCUACAAGCUUUGGAGCAACGUCUUCAAGGCUGAAGGUCGUUUCUCCAAAACCCAGCCGGUACCGACCUUUGGUGACGACAAGUCCUCCAAGGAGCACGUGGAAGACUUCUACAACUUCUGGUACAACUUUGACAGCUGGAGAACUUUCGAGUAUCUCGAUGAGGAUGUCCCCGACGACAACGAAAAUCGCGAUCAGAAGCGCCACACGGAACGCAAGAAUGCUAACGCCCGCAAGAAGAAGAAGGCUGAGGAUAACGCUCGUCUUCGCAAAUUGCUUGACGACUGCUCGGCCAGCGACGAGCGCAUCAAGCGCUUCAGACAAGAGGCCAAUGCUGCCAAGAACAAGAAGAAGUUUGAAAAGGAGGCCGCCGAGAAGAAGGCCCUCGAGGAGGCUCAGGCCAAGAAGGAGGCCGAGGAGAAGGCUGCAAAGGAAGCAGAAGAGAAGGCUAAGGUCGACAGAGAGCAGUCGAAGAAAGCCAAGGAGGCAGCAAAGAACGCUGUCAAGAAGAACAAGCGUGUUCUCAAAGGGUCGGUCAAGGACGCCAACUACUUUGCCUCUGGCGAGCCUUCCGCUGCUACCAUUGACUCUGUUCUCGGUGACGUCGAGCUCGUCCAGGGCAAGAUCGACCCUGACGAGAUUGCGGCUCUGGCUGGCAAGCUCAACGGCCUUAAGGUGGCUGAUGAGAUUAAGGGUGUCUGGAGCGAGGAGGUUAAGAGAUUGGUCGGCGCUGGCAAGCUCAAGGAUGGCGACGCCAAGUCUUUGACUCAGUAAAGGAGACUCAUGUUUUGAUGAGCUCCGACAUAGUUGUCUUGGUUUGGGCGUAGAACGUGACUAGACGCAAUAGAAUAGAUAAUCGGAUGUCGGU